GAGACACACAGCGGAAGCGGUGGGUCGGCCAUUGCUGUGUGUCGUGGCUCUGAAACAAAACACGGAGAUAGAAAGGGAGAGGUGAAGCGUUUACUUUCGGCGGAAAAUUCAGAGCGAUUGUGUUAUUAUUAAGAGCACAACUAUUUAUUUGUUCAGCGUGCCGAUUACAGGAUUCACAAUAAUCGGAUAUGUCCUUCAUAUUUGAUUGGAUUUACAGUGGUUUCAGUAGUGUAUUGCAGUUUCUAGGACUGUACAAGAAAUCAGGAAAGUUAGUGUUUCUAGGCCUGGACAAUGCGGGAAAGACGACUCUGCUGCACAUGUUAAAGGAUGACAGGCUUGGACAGCAUGUGCCCACUUUGCACCCAACUUCCGAGGAGCUGACGAUCGCUGGUAUGACCUUCACCACUUUUGACCUCGGUGGCCACGCACAAGCCCGCAGGGUGUGGAAAAACUACCUCCCGGCCAUCAACGGCAUUGUCUUCCUGGUCGACUGCGCUGACCUCACCAGGCUGCUAGAGUCUAAGGCAGAACUGGACGCUCUGAUGACAGACGAGACCAUCGGACACGUUCCCAUCCUGAUCCUCGGGAACAAGAUCGACAGGCCAGAAGCCCUUGGCGAGGAGAAGCUGCGGGAGCACUUUGGGCUUUACGGCCAGACCACCGGCAAGGGCAGCAUUCCCAUGAAGGAGCUGAACACCAGGCCCCUGGAGGUGUUCAUGUGCAGUGUGCUGAAGCGGCAGGGAUACGGGGAGGGCUUCCGCUGGCUGUCCCAGUACAUCGACUAGCCCCUGCCCCUCCCCCCCCCUCGCCCCCCCCCCCCCCCUCUCGUCCCAUGUCUGGUUAUAACAUCUUGCCUCCGCUGUCAGAAUGCGUAGAACUGGAAUCCAAAGGACUGUAUCCGUUGAACUUAUUAUUAUUAUUAUUAUUAUUAUCAUCAUCUUUGGUUAAGUGACUUUAAAUACUAGUUGGGGGCGAAUAGUGACAUCGACGCCACAGAAAUGGUAAAAAUAAGCAGCUGUGGCAUCUUUUAUUUGCCUUUCUGUCCCCCAAUAGCUCAGUGGUACUGGGGGGGGGGGCCCUCCCACCCCUCCCCUUCUGUGGAAGAUUUUCACUCCUGGCCUCCGUUUCCCCCGAGUAUCAUGAACUGCAAGAGGUAGAGAAAAACACACGACAGCUGUAUGCAUCUUGAUGCACAAUUUUAACAGCCAAGACAUGCCGACACGUGACUAAUUACAUUAUCAUGUUGUUUUUUUUUUUUUUUUUUGAUUUUUAUUAUUUUUUUUUUUUAACUUGGUUUCAAUAAACUUACAACACAUUGCCAACACGUGUGAUUUUCAAAUGUAUACCCCCCCCACCACUGCACGGUGCCUUAAAACAGACAUCAUUUUGCCCCCCCCCCCCCUCAUUUCUGCUUGAAGGAAUCUACACGGAGUCUGAACUUCUGAGGGGAGACGGUUAAUGUCCUCCAUGGCUUUUCCAGCUAGAAGGUUCAAUGAAGCGAAGCAGAAUGAGGCAGAUAUCCCAGAUUAACGCAGGGCUCUGCGUCGGGAGGUGGGGGGGGGGGGGGGAUUAGGGUGGGAAUUAAUAGGGUGGGUCAUGACGUUGGUACAGACCAGGAACAGUUAUAGUCCAAGAAUGAAUGUGCUAAUCCUGAGACGUUUUCUUGAGCCAAACCAACCUUUAGGCAGCACUGGAAUCGAGCCCUGAACAGCCCUCUGUUCUCUCUGCUUCCGUCCGUAAGCACCUGCAAGAUUUGGGUGUGACUAAUUACCAUGUUAGGGGAUUUAAGAGAAAAAUCUGUCUUAUAUUGAAGGGGAGAGUGGCACCUGGUGCUUUCUGGUUGUUUGUUUUUCAGAACAUAAUGUAAUAAAUGUUUACGAAUAACACUA